GAUCCUAUUUGUAACGCUGCCAUCAACGAUUAAACUAAAGUUCAGUUCAGUUCAGUUCAUUGAUUUCUCCAGCUGCACAAAGGCAUCUUGUAAUACAGAUUUUAACUCCAUUUUACAAGGUUCAACGUAGUCAGUGUAAUUAUAUUAUUCCACAUCAUGUGGCUCCUACUACUGGUGGUGGCGGCAGCAAUGAUCUUCCUGUACAGAUGGAACAUACAGAGACAGAUUCUGCCAAAUCUCACAGAUAAAUAUGUGCUGAUCACCGGCUGUGACUCUGGAUUUGGGAAACUUUUAGCAAAGCAACUGGAUGGUCAAGGACUGAAGGUGCUGGCAACCUGUCUGACACAGAAGGGAGCUGAGGAGUUGAAGAAGGAGACAUCUAGCAGACUCAAGACUGUAAUUAUGGAUGUUAGUGACAGCGAGAGUGUUAGCAAGGCUGCUCAAUGGGUUUCUCAAAUUGUCGGAAAUGCAGGACUCUGGGGUUUGGUAAAUAAUGCCGGCAUUGCCCUUCCUAUUGGACCUAAUGGGUGGAUGAAAAAGGAACACUUUGUCAAAAUGAUAGAUGUAAAUUUGUUGGGUAUGGUUGAUGUGACUCUUACACUGCUGCCUCUUAUCAGAAGAGCAAGAGGACGAAUUGUCAAUGUCUCAAGCAGUAUGGGCAGAAUUGCUCUCUUUGGGGGUGCUUACAGCAUCUCAAAACAUGGUGUAGAGGCCUUCUCUGACUGCCUACGGAGGGAGCUUUCCCGCUUCGGCAUAAAAGUUUCUAUCAUUGAACCAGGAGGUUUCAAAACUUCCAUUUUCAGUUUUAGUGUAUGUAAGAAGAGUAUGGAACAGCUAUGGGCUGAUACUUCUGCUGAGACCAAGGAAUGCUAUGGACAACAGUACUUAAAUGAGACUUUACAGACAAUUGAUGAGCUGAUUAAUACCAACAGUUCCAAGCUCUGCAAGGUCACAAACUGUAUGGAGCAUGCACUCACUGCUUGUCAUCCAUGGACUCGCUAUUCUCCUGGAUGGGAUGCAAAGCUAUUUUACAUCCCACUUUCCUACCUUCCAACUGUCUUAUCCGACUAUGUGGCAUCCAGGUUUGCACCCAGAUUAUCUCAAGGAGAAAAGUAAAGAACAAGAAUCCACAAGCCUUUAUGAUUCAUCACCUCUUUUAGUGACACUUUAUUGAUUCUUACUGAGCCAUAGCUUGUUACUGCAAAAUAGGAUUUGUUUACUCACUUGCAACAACUCUGCACAUUACAUCAUUUUGUUACUGAUGCUUUGGCCCGUUUCUUACAAUAAAGAUUUGUUUCUCUGCUUGCA